UCUUGAUAGUAAACAGAUCAUAUUUACACACAAGUCGUAACAGAACAUAAGAAGUUGAGUUAAAUCGUUAAAUAUGACAUUUUUAGAUAGUCAAUGAUUUGUACAAGUGUCCGAUCGUAUGCGUUGUUGCGUAAAUCAUCUAUAAAUUGUUUUGUCAAAACAUUGAUUUGGCGAAACAUGGCGGACGGACGGCAUUUGAGCAACGUUGCAAUCAGUGACAGGAGCAGUACGGAUAGAAAAAGACGUAGGCCUACCACGAACACGAUGAGUAACCGGUUGGUCUGGGUGGAUCUAGAAAUGACAGGGCUAGAUGUCGACACCUGUCAAAUAAUAGAAAUGGCCUGCCUUGUUACAGAUGAUGCUCUUAAUAUUGUUGCCGAGGGUCCAAACCUAAUUAUUCACCAAUCAGAUGAAAUCCUAGCCAAUAUGAAUGACUGGUGCAAAGAACAUCAUGGGAAGUCAGGCUUAACAGAGGAAGUUCGUAACAGCACAGUUACCUUGGAGAAUGCCGAAUAUCAGAUGUUAGGGUUUAUACGGCAGCAUACGCCCCCUGGGAAAUGCCCACUUGCUGGUAACACAGUACAUGUGGACAAGAUGUUUCUGGAGAAGUACAUGAAACAAUUUAUGUAUCACCUUCACUAUCGUAUAGUAGAUGUCAGUACGGUCAAAGAACUUUGCAGGCGUUGGUAUCCAAAUGUGUUCUGCAGUGCUCCCACAAAAAUGGCUGCACAUCGAGCAUUAGAUGACAUCAAAGAAAGCAUUAAGGAACUGAAAUAUUAUCGAGAAAAUAUAUUCCUGUCUCCUGUAUAGAAGGUGUAAAUUAUACUAAAUACUGAACCAAGACAGGGAGACAUAAACAUCUAACUUAUUUCUUUACAUUUAUUUUACUCAUUAUUUCUACCAAGCGGCAAAGUAAAUUGGUGCUGCUUUUGUGCUUCCAAAAUUCAAUAAUUGAAUAGCCAGUGUCUUUUUCGGGGUAAAAUGGUAUUAUGCAAAGCCCGGUUUUUCAUCCGGUAUUUAAUUAUCAAUAUCUUCAAGCUGCGAUCUGCAACUUACAUUACUAAGUCCCGAUAUAACUCAGGACCCUUGCAAGCAUCUUAACCAUCAAGCUUUAAUCCUACAUGUAAUGUAGAAUUAGUGUAAUUUUGUUCAUUGUUGUUAAAAUAUUUUCUUCAAAGCUACUCAUACUUGAUAUAAUCUAAAAAAAUAUUACAGCAGAAUCAGUAUUAUAGGGAUACCUUUGGGACCAAAUAAAGUGUCCCCUGAAUAGGGAUUGGCCGUAGUGUUACAAAGAUAUACAUUCCCUCAGUUUGUGGCCGAAAAAGUUCCCCCUUAAAUAGGGGCAUCCCAAUUUAAGGGGUUCAACUGUACAGGGAUGGUGCAGAUUUAAAUUUCUAUUUGUUAAAUGAUUAAUUAUGACCUUGCGAUUUGGUUCCACAUUUGAAGAAGAAAUACAUUACUGAUUUUUGAAAGCCUGGCAUUCAGCAACUACCAUGCAGUAGGAAAGAUUUAUUUCACUAAAAUUGCUCAUUUCUCCAUUGUAACUGUGGCUUUACAUGAGUUUUUCAAAGAUGCAAGGAAUGACAAAAGUUUAAUUCUGCACCUUCCUUAAGCUGGUCUAAUGCUGUACAGUACAAUGUCAAACAACAUCAACAAGAAACCUAAUAUGAAAUUGUAUGGUCUCAUCCAUUUAUUGUAAAAACUUUUCUAUACAGAACUGUAUAACAUACAUUUGUGACAAAUUAUUCUGUUUCUAAGAAUACAGUAUAUAUGAAAUACAGUAUAGGAACUUUAGUUAGUACUGAUUGUGUACUGUACUGGAUGUUGAACUAGUCUAAUGCAUUUUAGUGUCCAUUUUACAUGAGGUAUAUCAUGCAAAAGGAAAGUUUUCUUAAAUUUUUAUUAGUUAUAUUUUAGUAUUCUUAACAUUUACUAUUCUAAAGGUUUCACAAAUUAAACAGCUGCUAAUAGUGUUCAUUGAUAAAAACAACAUAAAAUGUUCUGUAAACUUCAUAACUUCAUUAUUGCCUUAAGAUUUCAAAACUGUUUAUAUUAAGGCCAUCUCUGACAGUGUUGUAUGAUUUGUUGUCGCAUUAGGUCUGUGUGAGUUAAAUGCUAGUUUUGCGUUGGGGAUAGUCGCAUCAUAUAGGUAUUAGUAGUGUUUAAUAUUCACACAACGACCUACAAAAUGCCACCGACGGAAAAAAUUACAUCGGGCUGUGUCGUACAAUGCUGUCUGAGUUGGCCUUUACAUUACUAAUGUCCUUGGCAUUUGCUUAAUGCAUCCUAGUAAUGUGUUUAAAAUAAAAAAAAAAACAAUUAGUUUUAA